GUUUCGGCAGUGCUUUGCGGUAGUCGCACAGUGAAGAUGGCUGAGCUGCGGGCGGUGGGUUCCCCGUGCGGCUGGCGGUGGCUGGUCCUGCUGGUGUCGGUGCUGUGUCUUGGUGAGUACCCGGGGCAAGCAAUUAGGCCCAAAGCAUCUUAAACUCCCAUGGACUCCAACUCCCAUCACCCUCUGACCCAUGGAGUUAUUGAAAUGCCUGGGAGUAGUAGGCCAUCAGCAUUUAUGGGCAGAGCCUGAGAGCCCUGCGGUACAGAGCCCAUUAUACAGGCUGCUAAAUACAGGCUCUCCUCCAUGGAUUCUAUCAGCUCACUGUGCAGGUCCUCUCACCCUGCCUGAUGGGCAGCUCUGGGAGUGUGUCUGAACUACAUAGCCCACAAUCCUGCCAACUCUUCCCUGCUCUGCUUAGGGACUGCCUCCUUGUAUACGAAUUGCCUGCUCUCUUGUAAUAUUUAGUAACCUUAUCUACAUUGGGGAAUCACAGGAGUUGUAGUUCAGCAACACCUGGGGGUGCUGGAGAUUGAGACACAGAUCCAUAUAAGGAGGAGAAGCCAACCUUCAGCACUCCAGAUGUUGUGGACUACACGCACUGAAAGGGGAGCGUCCCCUUUAACGUUUAAAUGCUCUAUAGCACAGAUGUCCUAAAGGUAGGUCUCCAGGUGUCUCAAAACUACAACGACCAUGAGGCUUUGGCAAGCAAUCACUGAUGUAAAUAGAGAAUAACUGGGGAUCUCCCUUAGAAACGCUGCUGCUCUAUAAGCCACAUCAGGGGAAGGCUAGCUUCAGCACCCCAGAUGUUGCGGACUACAAUUCCCAUAAUGCUUUCACAGCCCAAAAAACACACAGGCAAAGCACCAUGGGAGAUGUAGUCCACAACAUCUCUAAUAUUGAAGCUUCCUUGCUCCUGGACUACAUCCCUCUAACAGGUCUUACAAACCCCCUGACUCCCAGCCAGGCUGAGAGUGAUGUGAGUUAGAGGGAUGGCAGUCGAGCCUGCCCUGGGUGAGCUCAGUGUUACCCAGCCCGCCCUGGGUGAGCUCAGUGUUACCCAGCCCGCCCUGGGUGAGCUCAGUGUUACCCAGCCCGCCCUGGGUGAGCUCAGUGUUACCCAGCCCGCCCUGGGUGAGCUCAGUGUUACCCAGCCCGCCCUGGGUGAGCUCAGUGUUACCCAGCCUCCAUUGGCUGGGAGGGUCACCUGCAGUGUUAAUUUUGGCGGCAAUUUAUUUACUUUUAGUCCGUCUUUUGACUAAAAAUCAGUUUGAAUCCUCUGAAUUGUUUUAGUUGACUAAAAUUGUUGGUCGAAGAAAUAAACACUGGUCAUCUGGCAAUGAAUUCCUUUCAAACACUGGGAUUAAUGUCAUGUGGAUGUAGGUGACCACAGGCAACCAAGCACUCUUACCUGGAUAAUGUCUUCAUGAAAUUCCCAGUACCAUAGCCACUAAGCUCUCUGUAGUGGUUAUGGUGCGAAGAGUUUCCAUGUAAAUACAUUGUUAAACAGAGCAAGAAAUAGACUAAAUACCUUGUAAUUUCUCCAUGUAGUGUUUUUAUUUUUGCGUUGUAGAGUCUUGCCACACGUCUGCAAAAAACGUACCCACAGGCGUAAAUAAAUGAAACUAAACACAUAUUGUUAGUUGGAAGUAUACACUUGUAGACUGCAAGUUUGUUGGUUGAAGGGUCAUUGUCUGUUGUGUGGUUUCCUGUCUGCGUAGGGUGUCUCUCAUGUAGAAUGAGCGAUUGAGAUUUAUACUUUGCAAUUCUAACAUCCUUUUCUGUACUGAGGUCUGUUUUGAACACAGGAGGUGUUUGUUUCCUGGUAUUUCAUUGUAUUUUUCCUGGUUCAGGAAUCAUUGUGUGGACUAUUACCCUGAAGUAACACAAUGGCAGGUGAUUGGAGUGUUCAUACUGUGUUCUUGUAUGCGAAUACCUUGAGUUUCUGUUUGGACUGUAACUUUAGUUUUGUCUGUAAGGCAGUGCUGUAAAAUUUUGUAUGGCAUUAAAAGGCUUUCUGUGGGCCACCAGGAAAAUAACACAUACCCAUUUCAGGAUUACAGGUCAUAUGGCUGGUACUUUUCACAAAAUCUAUGUCUACAUGGGCAUCAUUGCAGACAGCACAGAACAUGUAACUGUUAGACUGAGAACUGAGCACCACAACCACUUCUUCACUGGCUGCGGAAGGAAGGGGGCUUUCAGUGUAUUGGCACUGCAUGUAUGCUGUGAGUUUAAAUGGAAGUAGUUUGAAAUUGAGCUCAUGCAUUAUACUAUGCCUGGAUGGAUAGAAUUUGAUAAAAGCACAAUAAUGAAUUAUGCAGACAGUUUGCAGAGGCGGAUUUUCUCUGUAUACGCAGAGCCAACAGCUGCUGUUAAUACGUACUGCGCAUGUUUUAAAGCAUGUUCUCUUUCUCUCAUGAUCGCUCAUGUUUUGGGAGGAAGGGAUAUCUGAAUCAGAAUGCAAUUUGCUUUCCAUGCCAAUAUUUAUUUCAGGUCCUCUUUUUUUUGUAGGGUUUCUGAGAGAAUGAAAGGCUAUCUCCCAGCACCUCUCCUUAGUAGCUGUCUUCUAGUCUAAUAGGCUUACUUCGUGUUAAUCCUAAACUCCCAGUAUAAUGGCUGCAUUAUCAGCACGUUCAUGCUUACUGCUGGCACAGUCUCUCUUCUUGUCAUUGAAUUCAUUUGCUGAGUACUGGAUCAGUAAGUGAGAAAUACUGGGAAAUCCUACGGCAAUGAGGACCUUUUUAAUUUUAGUUUUUUAAGCUACUGUCAUUUUUUUACAAUGAACGUCACUUGGACUGCAGAGUCUUAAUUACCAGCCCCAUUGCCCCCUCCUGCAUUAAGAGUUUCGUGUCCUAGCAGGCCUGUGUGAGUCACUGUACAUGUGGGCAACAUGCUGAUGAAUUAAGAGGAAGAAGGUGAAUUUACAUUUUUAUUUUUUUUUCUCCUCUGCAAGACCUCACUGAAAUCAAAUUUUGAUAAGUGUAAGCAGGAUGUGCAAUCAAAAAAUACAAGUAGCCAUUGUACAACCUAUUUAUCUUAAUGCCCAAAGUAGUUGCAUAACAGGUUCAUUUUAAGGGCAGUUAAUGGUGAUUGGGCUACAGUUCAUUUACAGACUUACAAAGAAGAAAACAUUGAGGUUUCACAAGAUUUCCAUUAGAACAAACGAUGACGUAAAAAAUAACACCAACACUGGACAAUAGAACAUCAAUGUAAGAUUUUCCACAAACGGGGUGUUUUGCCUACUAAGGCCCAUUAUCUAAGGCAGUGUGAAGCCUGCUUGGAUUUUAGCAAUAAUCAUUUUUGGGCAGAGUAUGAUUGAAAGGUUUCUUACAAAAUAUCAAAGACCAACAAGCUUAAUAUUUAUACUUAACAGAAGCAUGAAACAUUUUAUUUAAUUUACAAUACUUGUAAACAUCGAGUGCUGAAUUUUUUUAAAAAUAAUUUUGUCUAUAUUUUUUUUUUUUUAUCAUCUAAAUGUGCUCACCCUGUUCACAAUGCUUCUCUAGAAGAACCGUUUUGAUUGGAUGCUGCGCUGUGUGAACAACGAAAUUGUCCAGACUUGGCUUAGGAUUUUAGGAACCUGGGAAAAUAUUUAAUUAAAAUUUUCAAUCAAUUAGAUUUUUCUCUUUAAUAUGUGUGUUGUGAGGUGGGUUCUUGCAUUUAAGUUUAUCCAAUGACUGAGUUCCUCCCUCUUGGCUCCCUGUCAGUCUUCAUUAUAAGCGCUGGCAUUUUCAGUCUGUCAAUGCCAAGGAUAAUCAUUACAUGCAGUAAGUGGGGAUACUGCCUUUGCCCCCUGACUGUUUAUUUAAUUGUGUAACUUUCAAAGUAGUGAUAUUUUCCCUUUAGCAUGCUGAACUGCUUAACAGGACAUUCACCACUUAUGUUUAUCGGUAAACCAUAUCCCUGUGUAGACUUGGCAUUCACUGUAGCAGCUUACACAUUGCAAAUUGGGAAUUUUUUUGGUUUGUGUCUAGACUAGACAAGUAGUCUUGUUUGUCUUUAAAAAUUUUUUGUGAUUUUUCUGUAUGCCGGGGAGGGGUGAGGUUAUUACUAUAGCUUAUUACAAGACAACAAGCCCCAUCAUCCUCUGCUAAUCAUAUAUCCGACCCCUGCUAAAUGGUCAGCCUAGGUUUAGGCUCAUGUAUGGCUGAAGGACGACGGAAAUCCAAAACAUUUGAAAAAUGACAAUCUAUGUACUACGUCUGUAAUUGCGAAACUCUGUACAUAGUGUAAAUGUAGCAAGGCUGUUAAUCAACGUUUCGUGGAAAAGAAUUUGUGGAAGGUUUUUUUUUUUUUCUUUUCAGAUAGUAUAAACUUGCUGCUUGUGUCUAAACUUUUCCAUGAAGAUUUUUUAUUUAUUUAUUUUUUAUGGUCCUGAGCUAUCUGCUUCCCCUUUCCAGCUGUGAGUCUACAUGUUCCGUUUCUAACUCUUACCACUGUUUGUCCAUCUCCACUGUGCGCUGACAGACUUCUACAGCUGGUGAGCGCGUCUGGCUUCUGCUUCCAUUGGCCAGUCUCAGCCAACGAAUUGACAUUAGUCAGCCGAGAUUCUUAUUAUUGUCGUGGUGAAACACUGCGCAUACAAACUGCAGGCACUAUAACAACACCAAAUCACUGAAGUUGUCAUGGUGCUUGGAGUAACCCGUUAAUCUUGCUCCUGUCUUGUCGUGCCAACAUAGCUUGUGUCAUAGGAAUGUGACAGAAUGGACGCCACGUGCAGGUGUAGCAGUUUGUUACAGGUGGAAUCAUUUUUCUGACUCUGAGUCUGUUGUAGUUGGUGUUGAUCAGAUCCCUUUCUUUUUCAGUAAUGUUUAACAUCUAACAUUCAUUGUAACAUGAAUAGUUCUACCAUCCUGUAAACAGUAACUCUCAGAUUCUAUAGACAUUUAAAAAGGAAGUUAUUUUGUUUUUGUCCUGGAGAUAUCCUCCUGAUCAGAUAUGGCUUCCUCCAGUGUGAUUUUAGCUGGAAAGCCGCCUGUCAGGAAGCAGCUGGUUAGAAAAUUCAGUGCAACAUCCAGGACAAGUAUGUCUGCGAAGGGUAUUUACUAAACAGGGAUAUAUGGUUGACAAAUGAGAGGCAGAACUUGCUCUGAAAUGGGAUGACUGCAGUGAUGGAGAUAUAUUGAUUGCACUUCACUGAUUUACGCUCUGCAUUUAAAGCCAGCACUUCCAAACAUUAAACCGUAGGUGGGCAAAUAUUAACUAGCUAUUUGGGGGGUAUCCCUGCCCUGUAUCUUUCACAUUAUUUUUAUUGAACAGAACAUGGGACAUGCCUGAUACAUGCAGGGCUGCUGAAAUAGUCUUGGGAUUCCCUAUCAGGAAAUUGGAAGGAGUAAAAAGCCAGCGGUGUUAUUUACUUAAAGGACCACUAUAGGCACCCAGACCACUUCAGCUUAAGGAAGUGGUCUGGGUGCCAGGUCCAUCUAGGAUUAACCCUUUCUGCUGUAAACAUAGCAGUUUUUUACAAAUGGGUUAAUCCAGCCUCUAGUGGCUGACUCAUUGACAGCCACUAGAGGCGCUUCCGCACUUCUCACUGUGAUUUACACAGUGAGAAGAUGCCAGCGUCCAUAGGAAAGCAUUGAGAAUGCUUUCCUAGGAGACUGGCUGAAUGAUUGCUACUAGAGGUGUUACUAGACAGCAAUGUAAAACGCUGCCUUUUCUUUGAACAGGCAGUAUAUUACAGUGCAAAGACUGUGGGGACAUGCUCUAGGCACCAGAACCACUACGUUGAGCUGUAGUGGUUCUGGUGACACUAGUGUUCUUUUAAAUUUGAAAUUCACCUUGAAUUCUCACUUUAGAAUAAUCUUGUAAGUAUUUAGAUUGCAAGCUCUUUAGAGCAACAUCCUCAUCCGCUUUGGGGUUAUACAGCAUAUCUAAAAGGUAACCUAGAAUAAACAAUAAUUUAGUUCAGAACCCACCUUACUAUAUGUUGCACUCAAAACAUAGGCCCCACAAUUGGUGCAUUAUUUUCGUAUUCUGUCUUCAUUGAACUCAUUUGGUUGUUUAACCGAAGUCCAUAUCUCCAAAUGGACAUAUAACUGAGCACGUGAUUAUCCCAUGUUCGAUUCAUUAUUCGACGUUCCUCCUAGAAGAGAUGAGUGAUGGUGAGGGGACAGUCACUAAAUGUUUCACAGAUCAAGUGAGAAACAGAGGGGAAAAUGGAGGUGCAGUAAAAUAAAUACAUAUUUUUUUUUUUUUUUUAGAUUAUAUAUUUAGCAAAUUUUAGAAUAUAUAGAUCCUUAUUUUUUAUUUUUUUACAUCUCCCUUUUUUUUUUUUUUUCAUCUAUUGUUUUUUUUUUUCUCACUUAAACUGUGAACCGAAUCGCGUUAAAAUGGAGUGUGAAAUAUAUGCGUGAUAUUUAUAGUGUUUAUAUUUUGCAGUACUUUGCCCUGUUUUGCUUAUCUGAAUGUUUUCCAAAAAAAAAAAAAUAUAUAUAUAUAUAUAUAUAUAACAAACAAACAAUUCUGGAACUAUAUUUAAUGGAACCGGCACAUGAACAAGUGUUGGACAUCCAGAAAAAAUGUUCAGUUGCAGGAAAAAUGAUUCCGCCAAACGGAACUUUCCUGCUAAUGCUUCUUCCGACUGACCAAACUUUCUGUAACAGAAUAUUAAAACAAGAUGUUCCAAUUCUCAGAGAAGGUCUCUGCCCUAUGCAUAUCGUGAGUGCAACAUAUAGCACAAACCAUAGUGUAGUUCGAUGGUUUAAAGAAACUCGCUACGAUCUAACACUAGGUGCCCCCCUGAAAUGGCCAUGCCAUGGUUUGGUACAGAUUAAUAUUAUGGAGGUUUAUGGUAAUCCAUACAAAAUCAUGUCUGUUGCAGGUGACUUGUUGGCAAUAUAGGUAGUGAUUGUUGAAAUCACAACAGUUGCGGAAACUGGCUGGUGAAGUCAAUUACUUGCUCUUUGUCUGUUUUGUUGUUUAUGUAUAUCGGUAGAAUGGAUUUCUUAAUGUUUUGUUUUUUUUUUUCUCUCGACAGCACGUACGGUUUCUGCGAUAGAAGUAUAUGGCCCAAGUGAGCUCUUUAUAGAAAAUGGCACAGAAGCCAGGUUGCCCUGUACUUUUAAAUCAUCGGAAGUUACCAGCACUAGUUUACUAGCUAUAUGGAAGUUCGAUGCUCAAUCCAAAGGGGGUGACUCUGUGACGGUAAGUUUAAGGAUUAGGCUUAAAUCAUGAUAAUGGAAGGGGUCAUUUAUUGCUAAUGGAAAUAGUGAAUUCUAGCUUAGCCAUACCUUGUAUGACCACUUCGUGUUCAGACCAUGCACUUCCAAAUCUAUGUUCAAGUCUUGCCAUCGAGCACGGAUAACUAAGAAGGAACCGACCUUGGACAAUUUAAAGGCACAUUCAUGGCACCAUAGUCACUGCAACUUAUUGUUGAGGUUUUGAACCUAGGUGGCUAUAAAUGCAAUCCUGCCAUGUAUUUGUCAAACCAUUUAAAAAAAAAAAAAAAUUGUUGCCCAAAGAUGCUGGCCAUGUAGGGCCGUAUAAGGCUGAAAAACUCUCAAUUGUGUCAAAGUUUCUGCAGAAACUGCUGACUUGUGGCAAAUGAGGAAACAAAAUGAGUAAACUAUCGGUUUUCUCCCCUAUUCACAACCUAAAUUACUCUUAUUGGUUAUCUCAUUGCAAGAAUCAUAACCACAUCAGCCCAUUACACCUCCAGCAGCAACAGGUCUAAACUUGAUAUGUGCAGUGCCUCCUAGUGAAACUCUGCAUACACAGACUCCGGGCACCAUGACCACCUCAAAUCACUGAAGCGGUCACAGUGAUUGGAAUAACCUUUAACAUUUCAAGUUGUACAUCACCUGCCAGGGUUUUAAAGUUACUGGCCACUACAAGCCCGGAGAGUCCUUGGCACACUCACCAGGGUCGAACUCCUACGUGCGUAAGCAACCCAUAAUAGAGUUCAAUGUUUUAUGUAAGUUUGAAUUUGUUGUAUUUUAAUUACAUUUUUUUUUUCUUCUAGAUUUUUUAUUACACAGGAGGGACAAAUCAGCAUAAAAAUAAAGACCAGUUUACGGGUCGUAUCUCUUGGGCUGGUGAUCUCAACAAGAGAGAUGUUUCAGUCAAAAUAAAAAAUAUGCAGUUUAUUGACAAUGGCACGUAUGAGUGCACAGUAUUCAAUCCCCCAGACGUCAGUGGCAAACCUAACAAAAUCAAGAUUCGAGUUGUUGAAAGAGGUAAUAACAUUUUUUGUACCUUUUCUCUUUUUCUCACCCUCCUAUGUUUAACCGAUAAAAGUAUUUCAUUUUUUAAGCAUUAUUACAAGUGAUUUUCUGUUUCUCGGCCUGACGUUUGUCUGUAAAGGGACAGUUCCAGGUAUAAUGAUUACCUACUGUACAGUUGAAAGAGCUUCCCGUUUUUGUUUAGUUGCUUAUAAUUGCAGCCAUUUGCCAAUAUCACUGUAGUCAUAUGUAAACUUGCACUUUUAUUUAUCUCUAAAGGUAUUGUGGGCUGUUCCCGCUCUGACAGUUUUGUACAUCUUUGUCAGUGUCAUAGAACCUUUAAUGCAGUGUCCGUCACUUCUUUUCUUUUUUUUCUUUUUUUUAAUUCUUUAUUUUUGUUGUGCUAAGAAUUACAGACAAGUUUAUAUCGCCACGACAGCUGAUACAAGCUGAUGGAACAACGCAAGACAAUCAGUAACAUGGGAGGAAUUAACAGCACAAUUUUUAAGAGAUUUGUUAAAGAGAUCUAUAACAUUUGCUUCAACAUUAGCUGCAACCAAGUUGGUAGCCACGAGGAGUAGAGUAGACUAUUUGAAUACUAUCAGGAAUAUAUGUAUAAAAAUUAAGCAUUAGUCAUGGUUCUAGCCUACAAGAGUAGUAUUGCCGCUAGGGCUGAGUAGUUGUAUGAGCGUUGCUAUGACAUAAAUGCUAUAAGAUACUGACAUGCUAGCAAUAGUGAGAAAGGGUGAUGGUCUCUUAACUGGGCUCGCCCAUGAUCAGCAUGAGCUGACAUGAGCAAAGCCCAGUGUGUUCCCCUGCAGCCAAUACAGCCGAACAGAGACAGUAGGACUGACAUAGCAUUAUAUUCUCAUAGGCAUCAAAUCUAGGCAUAUAUAGGUAGUCUUAAGCAAGAUGUGUUAAUGCCACAUAGAUUUAGUGUGUAGGCUAGUGUUUCCACAAGAACAAUGCAAAGGGCUAUGAUUAGUUCUGUUCCCUCGCUAUACUGGCCACAACAGCAAGAUUCAUACAAAAUAAAAAUAAAGACAACAGUAAUUUGCAUCCUUUUUAGUCCUGUAGCGUGUAUAGGCCGCAGAUGGGAAGACAGUGUAGGUAUCAAGGGUAUUCUGUCCCUUCAAAACUGCAGAGGCAACAGGAUAAUGGCAUGUCAGUUGAAACUUAUAUUUGUAACGUUAAGAAAACAUUUUUGUAAUUGUAUGAGGGUAUACAGGCUAAGUACAAAACUAAAAUGAUUGCUGCUUAACAAUACUAGGUUAUUAUAACAUAAUUGCAUGUUUUGCAGUAUGGCAGUUGCUGGCUGGUAUAUAGCACCUAUACAGUAAGUGGACAUCUGUAGCCAGCUGUCUGAUGAGAGAUAUAUAGGAAAUAUAUAAAAGACCUGCCACACUGAUUAGGUACAGGAAUAACUCUGCAGGAUUAGAGGGAAAUACACCCUAGGCUAAAAGGCAAAGAGGAGAGUAGUAUCGUUGGUAAGUCGCAUCGUGAGUCCAUAGUGGUUGGUGCUUACAGUCUCUGGGACCUCAGUCUCGGUGGUUCACCCGACUCCGGCUUUCGGCAGGAGCCUCUGGUAUGCGGGAGGUGCAGCUGUGAUCCGGUGAAGGGCCUUGUACAUGCGGGUACUGUUCGGCUGUGGCAUCCCUGGUCCGGGCUGUAGCAAGGAUCCAUCUUUGGCUGUAUGAGUGUCGGGUGGCUGUGUAUCUCUGUCCCUCAGGGCUGUCUUGGUGGAGCCAGCGGUGCGGUGGGCAGGUGGUGUCUGUAUGCCUCCGUUUCGGCUUAGGCACCUCGUGUGUUGUGAGUGUCUGUGUCCCUGUAGGGUGGAGGAGGGUCCGCUUGAGCCUCCCUUGUCAAUAUUUGACACCCUUGCACUGCUACGGUUCGCUAUCUUGGGCUUGUGGGGGACAUUAUGGAUGUUGCGUCCCCAUGAUGAACCUGCUCCCCCUGGUACCGUUGCUGAUGUUGGGGGGUAGCCCUUAGGCAGGCUUUCCCCCUCUGGGAACCUACCCGGGUGGGUAUGUGCGCCUCUCGGCCCGGCAUGUCUCCCGCCUUGCCGCCCUGAUAGGGCUCGGCUGGGUGUCGUCGCUGCAGUCUUUUGCUUUGUGGCUGGGGUCGGCUUGUGCCGUGAGAGGUCACCUGGCCGGCUCCGGACAGGCUGGUGCUGCUUACUUGCUAGCCUGCGCCAGAGUUGUGAGCCCUGUGAGUGCCGAGGUGAGUAUGCGGUAUCCAUUUUGUGUUCUCCUCGUGGUCGCUUUGAUGGACGAAAUCCGUGUUUGGCAUCGGCAUGCUGUUGCAUACUCCUUUCAAGCUUCUGCCAAAAAGCUGUAAAUAUUGCUUCCAGCCUUGCUGUAUAGUCAGCUUGCUCUGCGUGGCAUUCUGCAGGUUUCUCCCUGAGUCGACCAGGAGCUCUCACAGCAGUGGUCCUGGGGGAACUCUGAGUCCGGUGGGUUGCAGGCUGUGUUAUGGGGGUGAUCGUCCCCAGCGAGGACCGGGAUGACCCCCGCCGGUCCAGAGGGGGGGGGGUAGCAGAGCUGUAUCGGUCGUGUGAGCGUGCCCCCUGCCGGGGGAUCGGCCGCCUCCCCCAGGCAUCAGGCCCCGCUCUGGCUUAGGCCGCAUGGCCGGUUCAGGUAAUUUUGUCCCGUUUUUGUCCGGGACAGGUAUCAUCCUGUUCUCCGGUUGUUCCUUUGUCGCUCUCUGGUCACCGUGAGUCUGUAGCGUCAGUAGUGUAGCCAGGGUUAGUGUUUAUUGGCCCACCGGUGCUGGAGCUCUUAGAAAACACGUCCGGCCAUCUUGGUUGUCAGGCUCCGCCCCCCCCGUCACUUCUUUUCAUGACUGCAAUUGAUUGAUACACUCCCAUUGAAAACAGUUGAUGGGCCAGAGUUUGCUAAAAGGUUUUAGUUGUUUCUUAGUGUGAAUAGGAGAUCACUGACAAUCAUUUAUUGCAUCAGAAGCUGACAAUCAUUUAUUGCAAAGAAAUCUGUCUCUUUUGAAAAAGUCAGUUUACUUGAUUUAAUGAACUAUAAACAGGCUUUAAGUUGAACCUCUGGACGUAAAAUAAAAAUACCCUCAAAAUUAAAAAUAAAUAAAUUCAGCAUGUAAUCCGCGUCAGAUUCACUGAUCGACUUAUUUUUGUUUCUUUAAACAGAGAAUCUUCCAGCAUCCAAUGUUCCCUUUCUUGUUGGGAUAAUAUGUGGAGUGAUCGGAGGCAUCCUUCUGAUUGCUCUUCUCAUAUUUGCACUUGUUAUCUGCAAGAGGAAAAGAUCGAAGAAAAACUACAGCGGGUAAGGAAAAAUUUUCAUCUUUCUAAAAAUGAACUUCCGCGAGAGUGGUUUACUGAAUGGAUUUAAUGUCUGUCACAUCGCUGCAGAGCAGUCCAGUAGUUUAACUCUGUGAGCUUUGGGGAAGGUAGAAUGGGUCACUGUGGUUUGUUAUUUUUUCUUAUUGCAAGGUGGUACUUUACAAACCGUAACAUUUUAACUAAAUUAUAAUAGCCAAAUGUAGCUGCUGGAUAGGUAAAAUAUCAUCGAAUACUGACUUAUCACUUCUACCUCUCGGCUUACAGGUAUAACCUAAAGCUGCUUAGUGAAAUCUAGCUGUAUCCCUCAAUAUGUGUUUAUUUACAAUCCUCGCAUGGCUAUGUAGGGUAUCUCUGUACCUCUCACUAUAUAUUAUAGUAGAAUUUUACCUGAACGAUACAAUCCAUUCCGAUCUGCUUAAUUUUUUUACUCAACCACUAACUUCCCUUUUAAUUUGUAAAAUUUGACUAACCAUUAAAAACCUCAAGCAGUCCCAUCAUUUAUAAUAGGACCCAAGCAAAAACCGAACAUUAACAGACUAUUAUUAACCGAAUCCGAUCUGCUCGCAAUGGUUUUCAUAUUCAAUAAAGGAAGACUCUGCAGUCCCCUAUUUGUAUAGGUAUAGUGUGUGUAUAGUAUGUAUCGCUGCUGUUCUGUUAAUCAUAAUGCUAGUCAGGGCAGACCAGAAACCAUCUUUCAUCUUCACAAAUAUUUUCUUGCAGUUAGUGGUUUUGGCAUAACCAGGAUAAUCUUUUGGAGUCCUGGUAUGUAGGAGGGUGUAUUUGGCUUGAGUUUUGAUCCUCAAUCUUAAGAUGUGCUCCAGGUAUGGGAAACCGUGUGUGUGUGAGUGGUUUGUGUUUUUGUUUUUUUUUUUUGCAUGUGGUGGAGGUAUUCAAUGUUAUUAAUUACAGCUGCUUUUAUAAAACCUUAUACUUCAAUUCCACUGAAUCCUCGUACUGAUCUUUGUGUGAUUCUUCCCUCAGCCUUGCAUGCAACAAAUACACUGCAACUCCCAUCAUACGCUCCGUCCAAAACUCUGCUUGUACUUGUAUUUUGAAAGAGAAAAAUAGGCUGGCUUCCAAAAUGUUCUGUCUGGGUUUUGACAAGAGACUCUGUCACCUAGAAAUGUAAUAAAUUCCAAACCAUAUGAACAGUGAGCGAGCCCCUCAAAGUAUGUAAUCUUGGCAGCCAAUCAGAACCUGAGGUUCAAACAGUGGUGCUGUUUAACUCCCAGCAUAUUUGUGCCGAAACAGGAAAAGCUUUUUGCUCUUUCAGAGACAUACAGAAGUCUGCGUUAACUUUAAAUACUUUAUUUAUUUUAGACAAUCUUUAUGAGAAUGCGAGUGUAGUAAUAAGAUAUUUUUAUAGAAAACAAGCAUUGCGGUAAAUCCUUUUGUUCUUUUUAAAGAGCCAUUAUAUGGCAUGCGUUAAUCCUUUAGGUGAUCUCUCCUUGCUAUUGUACUAUAAUUAAUUGCCUAAUCCAAGCAUCUCUUACUUGGAAGUUUUCUAAAAAGUACUACUUAUAUUUUUAUUUUUUUAAUUUUACUUUUUUCUUCAUGUAUCUGUUGUAAUUCUUUUAAUUAGAUGUAAUAAAUAAUUUAAAAGGCUCCCACCCCCAACAGCCUAUGAAUGUUGCUGGCCACGUGAUGGAAACCUUGGACAAGCCAAUUGCUGACACAAGGACUGGCAGACAUGGUGAUGGCCAACAUUGGCACUCAACUUCCCUGUUGUUGACGGAUCAUGAGAAAUAUGGCAAACCUCUAUAUCAAAUAUAUCAAACCUCUGCCGUGCCAAGGUUGGCAAUCACUGGCUUGAAGUCCAAUUUUUCUCCCAUACUGCAUUGUUGCUGUGAUUUUAGGUUUUCUUUCCUAACUGUACGUAUGUAUUACUUUCAUAACGCUUGUUAGAACGCCAGCACUAUUCUAUUGGAAGCGGUUUUAGUGUUUGGAUACAGUCUCCUAACCGAUACUCGUUUUAUAAUUGCCAUGCCAACUUCUGCAGGGAUGCUUGGCAGGUACUGGAUCCUGGAGCUAAUUGCUUAGUAACAGUACGACCUGUUCUGUCACAACCGCUCCGAUCUCCAGUGCCUAACCAGCCGCCGUGCUGUGUAGGAAGCGGGCAUCUCCGACAGUCUUUCCUCUCCUGCAUGAGACCUUUCCUCUUCAUCUUUUGACAUGGUAACUUGGGGUCAUACUUUCUUAUAACGUUCAGCUGCUUCCUGUCAUCGGUGUCUUUCACUAAUUACUGACUCGCUUGGUGUGCUCUAUUGGAAUAUGCACUGUUUGCAGGUGUGUGUGUGCGCUUGUGCUUCAAACAAAAAGUAAGAAUACCGAGCAAGGAUACCUGCAGGGGGGCCUUGAUAAGCCCAUGUUAGGAGAGCAUAACUAAACCCGGGAAGUUUUCCCAAUUUAAAUGAGAACUUUAGGACAAAGUAGCAGAGCUGACAAAUUGCCAAGUUACAGACUUAAGUGCCUCCAAUUUUCCCAAUUUCUGUUAUGGUGAAACUUUUUUAAUCGCUGAUUUUUAGUAUACCUGUACUAAAACACAUUCUUGCAAUACACACUCCUUUUGGUCCUGAAUUCAAAGCAAUUUAGUAGACCAAAACGGCCAAACUGAAAUAUGAAUAUUUUACCGGUGUCUAAGUGUUGGUGAGCUGUCUCUCCUAUAAAGGGCUACUUCUAAUUUUAAUGUCUGAAAGUUCUAUUGAGCUUACAUGAACUAAAGUGAAUAUAUAGCAAAGGGCUUAAUGUGUUGUAUAAAGCAAACAAUGUGAAGAGAGGAGAAAUAUAGGAUUAGAUUUACUGUGCAGUAAAUAGUAUACAUCAGACUAUCCUAUUUUAAUCUCUUAUUAAGCAAACUAACAGACCUAAGGGUACUGAGUGACCGUUUUUAAACCAUGUGCUAUUAGUAUGUACACUUAUACUCCUUUGUAAGAGGAUGCAGGGGUACCUUCUUUAAAACAGAUGUGUCUAUCCGGCACUGCUACGUAUGUCCAGGGAGCAGAAUCUAAGUCCUAGAUCCUUAUUUGGUAGCCGUCCAGGAACCCCCCUUGCCACCCCUCAACGGUGCCAAUAAGCUUCUGUGGUUGCUGUUGUGGUGAUGCUUUUUGCCGCAGGUCUGUCCUAGUUGAAAUACAAUGUAUGUUUUGUAUUGUCAUUGUUUUACACGUCCUUUUGUCCCGUUUAAUACAUUAUGUUUGUAUUUUAUUCGUUAUUUGUUUUCAUUUCAUUAUGUGUUCCUUUAUUUAUUUUAUUUUUCUUUUGUUAUUUUAAAAAUUUCUUUCAUCAAUAAUUUGCCCCAUUCUGCCAUCCAUGUGUUGUUGGACUUUGUGUUCCUGUUGAAUCGUAUCAUCCCAAUGUGCUCGCUCCUCCUUUCGGCGGCAGCUGCAGCACCACAGAAAGCUUGAUGUCCGUUAAGCAGCCACCGCGCAAGUCUCCUGGCACAGAGGAAUUGGUAAAACCCAUGCCCUCCGCACCUAUUCAGGUAAAUGCAGUGAGUAAUUGGUAAAGUAGAUCUUGGAUCCUGUAAGCGACUGAUACGAUCUGGUGUUGGGUCUCUUGCGUGCAAUUCUGGGAUUCGACAAAGCCUCCAGACCUUCCAGCCAUAAAUUCUUUCUGUGUUGCUUAAUGCAAUCUACGUACAUUCCUCUCCACUCAUAGCAUGCAGAGGAGUAUGUUGUACCAUCAAUAAUCUCAUAAAGGUUUACUAAAUUAACGCAUUGUUGGGGAAGGAAAAAAUUUUUUUAAAAGGCAAAAGCCUGCAAACUCUUUUGGUCCCUAUCAGUUCUUAUAGUCUAGGCAUUUAAGUGGCCGGUCAUUUAAAAAAAUAUUAGGGAUGGUUUAUGGACUACAUUUCCCCUGAUGCCGUGCCACUCUUUAGGAAGUGUACUCUGCAAGGCAGGGUAUUGUCGGUGUAUGCUGUGUGAAGAUUGCAAUGACUGAGCUGGUUAUGCCGUAUUUUGUAAUGCACUGGAACCUUUGUAAUUCGGAAACCAUUACAAAUCGCCUGAAAGUUGCUGAUUAUUUCUGGUGUAGUUGUUAUGGUUGUCCUAUUCUUGGACAGUGAUUGAGCGCUUCAAAUCCGGCCCUUUACGGAUUUCUGUGCCAAUUAGUAAACCAUGUCUUCAAAUAACUUACUUUAGAGGGAAAAAAAACCCUCAGUUAUUACCCUGUCAGAGAGACCACUGAAUCUUAAUGUAGUGGUUUCAGUGCAUAGAAACUGCUCCUUUUCCCUUACAAAAGUAAAACAUUUUGUUUCUCAGAAAUGGUCUUGUUUACAGCUGACUAUGGUCUGUUAUUAGAGGCACUUCCUCCUAGAGACCUUCGAUUUUCAAAGGUUAUGUUUGAUGUCACAGCAUGAUGAUGCCAAUGGCAGUGAAUGUCUAAUGUAGAGAAACAUUGGGAUCAGUGUCUCUCUCAGGUACAGCUUUAUUGGCAGACCCACCCAUUGCCUCCUACACCCUGUAGAUGUGUAAUGCUAUGAGAAGAAUCUGAUUUGACCAGAGAUCCAUAAGCAUGAUGUCACCAAGGGUGGGUCAGGCUGCAUAGUAGGUCCUGGAUUACAGGCAAGUUUAACAGUAACAAAGUCAAAGGCUUGGUGUUCCAUUACCAGCCUGCAAUGCAAGUAGCAAUCUGUUUUAUUGUAGGAGGAGAAUGGGAAGGAUACAUGCGGUUUGUCGUCUUAUAGUAACGAGUGACAGUAGGAGCCAGGAUAGCAUUAAAUACAGUGCUGUGCAAUUCAGUUUCUAAUUGUACUUUUCAGAACUCACAAAAACACUUUAAUUUUUUUUAGAUCUGACUGGAUUAAUGAAAGGGUUAUUCUGGACCAGCAAACAAAAAUUGAUUUCCAGCAACAAAAGUUAAAUUACUGAAGUGGUCAUGUUGCUAGAACUAACCCUUGAUAAGGGAACUAUCACUUCCCAUGAAUUUUAACGUUAAAUUGAUUUAAAUUGUGCAUGUUGCAAAUAUUGAGCGUUUGGACAUCCCAGGGACACAUAGCUAGCAUUUUAAAAUGUGGCUGUGAAUGGUAUCCUAUGGACUGCUCCCUUCCAUCCUUUAUGUCCUCUGCUUAUUUUUGCGCAUGUCAUGAAUUUCAUCCUAUCAGAGAGGGUGCUACAAUAAUGCCAUGUAGCUGCUGCUCCUAUCAAUGCUGAACAUGACACUGCUAAAGGCAGGGCAGGUGUGUCUGUUCUGCCAUUGACUGGCUCAGAAAUGUCAUUUUUAAUCUAUUCUUCUGCAAUGUCGCUGGUAUAUAUAAUAUGGUGACGAGAGACUGCAGGCCUUCUUAAAUCUUUUUAGAUUAAUCCUUGCUCCAUUCGCGGGAUAUCUUAUUAGUAGUAUGGAGCUAAAAUAUUCCACAGCUCUUUACUAAGCAUAGACUGAGAACAGCUGCUGGCUCUCCCCAUUUCCGAUUCUUUGUUAGAAUGGUACUUUCGAACAGUCUUGGCCUCUUAUCUCGCCUGCUUUGGGGUGUGCUCCAUUUUCAGCCCUCUUGGCUUUGUGCUCUUAAAUCCUCUGCUUCUUUUAUAGCCCAGGGCCAGUUCAUAUAGUUCUAAUAUAAAGUGCUCUGGGAAAACGUCAAGGGCCCUCGUACAGACGCUUCUAUAUGACAGAGCUGUACGAACAGCUGGUGAAACGAGCUAUAUCUACCUAGACUUUCAUCACAAUUCUACAAUCCGCAACACACCCAGGGUUUAUUCACUAAAGAUCACAUUGUACUGAAUUAAAAGCUAAAAUAGCUGAGCUGUGACUAUAAAGGAGUUGGUGCGUUUUUCUUUAAAUCUGCUAUGUUGGCCUGAAUGUUUCUAUUGGUUUAGUAAACUUACCCCCCAUUCGUGGUGACCAUUUUAUACUCUAUUCUUGAAAGUAUUAUUACAUUAAGAAGAUUAAUUCUACAGAUACAGCAAGCAUUUGUGUGAUGGUCACAUUCCUUAUAUAAACACAUAGCUAAUGAUAACGGCUCCCCACUUGGGUAAUGACAAAAUGUCGUGUUUUAAAUGGCCUACCAGCUCAUUUCUAGUGCAGACUGUCAUAGGUUUAUAGUGACUAUGAAUCCAUGUGAAUGAGAUUUACUUUGAAAAUCCAGUGGUAGUAUAACAAAACUGACAGCGCUUUCAAGGUCUUUGACCCACAGUAAAUGUCUAGAUCUUCCAAGGCAGCUUGUUUAAAUGUUAGAUAUCUGUAUCCAUUGAUUUUGCUGUUGCUCCAUUAUAUUGUCAUCCUGUAUAAAUAUGGUAUGUUGCCGGAGUCCAGCCAUUUCCUCACUGAGAGUGAUUGUAUGUGUAAGGAUGCAAGCUGAUUUCUUGGAAGGUUUAUGGUGAAUGUAAAUGAAUACAGACAACAAUCGGUCAACAUAAAGAAGGUACAAUACUGUCUAGUGGAAGAAACUUAGCAUUAAUAAAAGUGCUGCAAGCACCCUAUUGUAGGCACCCAGACCACGUCAGCUCAUUGAAGUGGUCUGGGUGCUGUGUCCCUUUUGCACCUAGUGCUGCAAUGUUAAACAUUGCAGCACUAAGUCUGCCCUCAGUGGCUGUCUACCAGAGAGCCACUGGGGGUGCUUCCAGAAUUGUAACAGUUUUUGGUCCGUUAUCUGAUGCUGGACUUCCUUACGCUCUGCAUGAGGACCUCCAGCGUCACAUACCUUUUCCCCAUAAGACAGCAUUGAUUCAUUGCUUUCCUAAUGGGGAGGUCUAAUGCGCGCAUGCGGCAUAUGUCAGAGGAGGGGGCGGAGCUGGGAUAAGGUAUUUAAAAAAAUAAAGGUGUGGGGAUUAUUUAUUUUUUUAAACCCUUUUUUAUCUACUGGUUAGAAGGGGGCGCGAGGGAGGGGAUCCAGCUUUGUAUUCCUGGGAUUACCGUAUCCCUUUAAAGAUGAAGCUGGUUAAUGUACAUAUGCCUCUUUUUGUGGUUCUGUGAUCUUUUAUAUUGACAAGAUUGUCCGCACUGGAUCAGUUAUAUGGGCUUGUCUAUUGGUACAAUAUGCAGCCUUGAUCAGAGCGAGUGUAUCAGCAAGAAUUAAUUGUAUCACUAGGCAGUUAAUAUUCAUAACAAUUUGUGAGUGGCUCUAAUAUAAUCACACUCUCUUAAAGGCAGCUGAAACUUUGUAAACAAAAAACCAAAGAGGAACUUAUAUCCUAUUAUUAUAUUAUAUCUCAAAUUCAUUGUCAAUUUCUCAACAGUCUCAACAUGUUAAACUUACCGUCUGUUUUAAGUAAUUGUGGGUGUAGGCAGACUUGUGGUUAGUGGCCCAAUUAUAAACUCUUGGGCAGCAAAAAAUGUUACAUCAAAGAGACUAACAAGUUAUAGAUUGAAAUGGCAUUCCUCAGCCACAUUCUGUCCUAGGAGUCUAUACAUCUCCGAUGGAUCCAAGACAAAUUGUGUAAAGGAUAGAGGGAACACAUACUCUUCUUAAAUGCCUCUCCAAGGUGCAAAUCCUGACCUGAUCCUGGAAUCCCCAAUACAGAAGUAGAAAAUAGAAUGUGAUCCUGGGACACAAGGGUAGUAAGAUGGCAGAUUUAUUGAAGAUUCAGUGAGUGAAGUGAUAAUGGCAACAUUUUUGCCUCAAUUGAGGUUCUUGCCAAACUUUAUCAUAGACAAGACAUAAUGCAUUUAAUCAGGUAAACCCAGUUCUUUAUAAAAUAAAUAAAUGCUAAUUUUAUUCACAUGGGUAGUAGCCCUUGGUAGGUUUCCUGAUCAUUGCCCUGGUGGGGUCAGUUAAUAAAGACACAAGAGCCAAGUUAAAAUAGUCGCAUUAAGGCGUAUCCUUAGAACAGGGACACACACCCUAGGACUCUCCUCCUCGCACGAUAUACAUUUAAUGUCAUCAUUUACCUUUUUAACUUCCAUUUUUCUCUUAAUUACAUUUUCUUACUGUUAUAAAACUGUCAUCUUCAUGCUUCUGAUACCUUUUAUAGAAACUUGUUUUAAAAUUUAUUUUACUUUUUUUUUUAAUCUUCUUUCACACAGGGGCCGGUAAUAUAUGCGCAGCUGGAUCAUUCCGGAAAGCCAAGCAACGAGAUCAUCAAAUCCGAGUCAGUCGUGUAUUCUAACAUCCGAAGACUCUGCUGAGUUUAUUUCCAAUUAAAGACCAAGAUGCAAAAUCUACAUUUUAUUUGUGAACUGGAAAAGCUUAAUGCAGACUUCAUGCACAAGUUGCGUAUGGCCUUCUUACUUGGGACCAGCGCUAGUGACAAUGAAACCGUUUAUUACUUUAUAUGUUUAAAGCAAGAUGCAUGAAGGGGUGUGCAGAUGGCAGAGUAGUUGUGCGGUCCAGAGAUGAACACAAACACUCUGGGAAUCCUAAAACAAGGUUAAAUACUAUGCAACAAGACUCUGACAGAACUCCGUCAACCUCUUCCAAGCAGAGGAUUCAAACAAGUUAGGAAUUCUAUAAAUAUACAUUUCCUGUAGGGUUCAUGGGAAGAGUAUAUCUUUCUCAUUGGUUCCUAUGGGGAAACAGUAUAGAAGAAUACUUCUGCUUGCAGGGUUUCAUCCAUCGAAAACAAUCGAUGACACGUGUCUCUGCUUUUUCUCUACAGCCGUCUCUCUUCCUCAAAUCUAUGGAGGUUCAGAGUUGGCCGACAUAUCUCGGUUAUUCCUUGCUUUCCUCUUGAGCUGCUGUAAAAAUAAUGAAGAAUCUGAGUGGUUUCAGAGCGUUAAUGAAUAAAAACAUUUGGAAACCAUCUCUGAGAAUUACUUUUACUGCCAGCUCACAGAGUGAUAUGGAAAGCAUCAACUUAAACAGUCUUCCAUUGGUACAGCCAUGGAUAUCUACCCAAUAAAUUGGAGGAAACACUUGCUCUUUUCUUAGGGAGGAGGAAAAAAAAAAAAAGCUUAUGCCUUUUUAAAAUAUAUAUUUUUUUUUUUUUCCCUUCCCCAACCCAAACGUGGCAAUAUAGGGAGUCUGUGAAUUCCUCUGUUAUGUGUCCUACAAUAAAUGCUUCUCAAAUGAGAUGAAAUAUCUUUGGAUGAAGUUUAAAACAAAUCACAUUUAUGCAGGGAAAGCUAAUGGUGCAUAGCAGGGCACAAAAUUUCCACUUGCCACUAGCCUCUGGUGACUGUGCCAUGAACACUCACAGUUGCCAGUAACCGUUAAGGCUUGGCUGGUGGCACAGAACUUGACAUUUUAAGCCCCGGGGCAAAAUAUUAAACAGGAUCAUCCAUAUUCUGUUCUCCAAGCAUCCUGGAGAUGGCAAUACAUCUCAAACUGUUACAUCAGAUGUAGCCUUAGUUCUGCAUUCUGGCCGUUUAAUAUCUGCCUGUACUGCCACAGGAAGCCUUACUCCACAUCACAACAAAAAGUGCAAUUAUUCUAUCAUUGACAAACCCCUGAUGUGUUUCCUUUAUUUUAUAUGUUGGAGAAAAUUAUCCCCUAGUGUGUACAGUUACGUAUAAUGUGUAUCUAUCUACCAUCAAGCUUGUUGUAGAUUUCUAUCAUUAAUCAAAAGGGAAUCGACUGUAAGACCCCCCCUCCCCCAAAAAAUGGGCUCACUGUACAAUAUCAAUUAUGCUAACACCUUCCAACAAGGGGACUUGCUUUUAUCCACUACAUCUUGUAAAUACUGUAUUUAAUGUCUGUGACCAAUGCUGCAUGACUCAGUGCGCUUUUGCCAUAUUUUUAUAUAAUAUAUUAAAACAAAGUACAACUGGAAAGGGAAAAGACUAUUUUGAAGGUUUUAAAGAGUAAAAUGGGGAAGGGGUACAGUUGUAGUAAAGUAGCGGGCAGCCCCUCUUGUGUUUUAUUGCUUUCGUUACGUGGCUGGAAAAGAUGGGAUUCUCGUCUGUACCAGCUGCCAUCUCAUAACAUUUAACGUUACUAUAAAAUAUAUCUCUAUUCAGUAAAACCUCUCAAUACAGUGUUUAUUGUAAAAUAUUUAGCUUGUCUUCAAUUUUUAUUGCACAUGUCUUUUGGUUAUAUAUUCAGAGAGUACUGUUUAGGUUACAUUUCUGUUGCUGGAUUCAAUGUGUGUGUAUAUAUAAAACCCUCUAUAUAAUCAUAUAGACGUUUCCAACAUAUCCUGUUUUGUGAAUCCGUUUACGCGCCCUGAAGCUUUAUUUUUUGUUUGUAAAAUAAGAGUUUAUCAUGUUGUCUUUGAUAUUGUUUAAAUGUAAUCGUAUGUUUGUUUGUUUUUUUGUUUUGUUUACAUAUUUCUUUGAGCUACUCUCGCCCUAUGAAAUGUUAUAUUUGGUUAUCCCGAUAAUCUAUGUUCACUGCCUAAACACAUUUUAUUUCCUCUGACUGGAUUUGUGAAAAUAACUGUUCUGUAUUUAUACAACUAACCUGAAUACUGGAAUAAAUGAGAAUGACACAGUUCUAUGUACAUGUGUUAACAUUCUUUUCAACUUAACAGUUGUGUUAAUUUGUGUUAUAUUAACAAUACACCGCUCUGCAUGGGGAUGCUGAAUUUCAUUUAUAGGGGGGCUAGCCACCCAUAUAAAGUGCUUUGGGAGGGUGUCUGCGGAUCAGGCUCCCUACUCCGGAACGGUUAAUUUUCACUCACCAGGGGAAUUCUGAGCUUAUAUGUGUAUAUAUCUAUCUUAUUAUAAAAUGUACAAUGGCAAAAAGGAAACACUCUAGAGACUUUCUUCAGUGAAAUAAAUCUGCUUCUAUUACAGCAAAUGAGGUAGUCAACGUUUCAGUUCUUCUUUGCAUUAAAGUGAAGUUAAGUAUUAAGUAGCUACAAACAGAGGCAUGACCAAGACAUGGUGGGUGGAUUACCAACAGACGUGAAUGAAAAUAUAUGAAUCCCAUAUUAACUUCAAGGUGAGGUGUGCCAGCUUUGGACCUUGGAAUUCAUUGUUUACUUGAAUUCAGCUGACUCACCUAUUAGCUUCUUUUAUAAAUAGCGCAAUCAAUUUAUAAGCCAGAGUGGGCACUUGUGCAAGUUCUGCUUGUGAGUCUUCAAUUUCUGGGACAUGUAUUUUAUUUUUAUUCAAGGAACUACGAGGAUUAUUGCAUUUAUAUUUGAAUUGCAAACUUUAGGCAUAUGGUGC